AGCCCCGCUGGCCUGCGACAGGGCGGCCCGCUCCCCGUCCUGCAGCAUGUCGGUAACGGAUCAAGCCUUUGUGACCCUUGCUACCGAUGAUGUUUAUUGUCAAGGAGCUCUGGUUCUCGGACAGUCCUUGCGGAACCAUAGGACAUCUAGAAAACUGGCAGUACUAAUUACACCAGAGGUUUCCAGCGGGAUGAGGUCUGUCCUCCGCAGCGUGUUCGAUGAAGUAAUUGAGGUAGAUGCACUUGACAGUGCUGACUCGGUCCGUUUGGCUCUGUUACAGAGGCCAGAACUGGGUGUAACCUUCACUAAGCUUCACUGCUGGACUCUUACUCAUUAUAGCAAAUGUGUCUUCAUGGAUGCAGACACUUUGGUGUUAUGCAAUGUUGAUGAACUGUUUGAUCGAGAAGAGUUUUCAGCAGCUCCUGAUUCUGGCUGGCCUGACUGCUUCAAUAGUGGUGUAUUUGUGUUCCGACCGUCUUUAAAAACUUACAACCUUCUGCUCCAGUUUGCAGAAGAACAUGGCAGCUUUGAUGGGGGUGAUCAAGGCUUGUUGAAUAGUUUCUUCAGUAACUGGGCAACAACAGAUAUUGACAAACACUUACCCUUCAUUUAUAACUUAAGCAGCAGUGCUGUAUACACCUAUGUUCCUGCUUUCAAUCAUUUUGGUAGAGAUGCCAAAGUUGUUCACUUUUUGGGGUCGACAAAGCCCUGGAACUACAAAUACAACCUUCAAACAAAGAGAGUUAUACAGGAUGGCACCACCUCUGGAUCUUUGCAUCAGCUGUCAUUUCUUGCCCUCUGGUGGAACAUAUACAGUGCCAGUGUAUUGCCUUUGUUAGAAAAACCUCAGAAGAUGGAAGAGUCCGAAUCUGAGGAAUGUAAGCAUACAUUCAAUGGAGUUGAAAUCAUACUGAAAAAGGUCAGUCCUCCUGUGGCCAAUUCACUGCAAAUGCCUGUUCUUCCAGAGCAGACAUAUGAAAUAUACCCCACAACAUGUUCACCUGAGAAGCUCAUUUUCAAUGUGCAGCCUGUAUGUGGAGUUGAACAGCGCGGUUCUAACAUCCAUCUCUUGGAGCCUGACAGAUCUUCAGAACAACAUAUGCUUCAUCCAACAUUUCAGGAAACCUUGGAACUGAAUGAGGUUACGUAUGCUGUUUCAGAGCUGUCUAUUCACCUCAAACCAGAAGAACCAAGUGCAGAAGAUGAAAGGAGAAAAUGGGAGGAAGGGCGAAUGGACUACAUGGGGAAAGAUGCUUUUGAACAUAUCAGAAAGAAGUUGGAUGCAUUUUUAUAUUAAGAUGAAGUGUACUGUAACGGCCAUCUUCAAUGUCUCUUGUAUAAAUGCAGUCCUUGGAUAUUAGGCUCUCUUCGUAGUUUAUUUGACACCAAAGUUAGAGGUAGAUAUGGGUCAUCAUAUAUUUUGAGAAGAUGAACAGAUACAGACUGCUGUUUUUUAACUGUUACGUGUGCCUCAACUUUAUUGUUCUCCAGUAGUGCCUACUAAAGUAUAAUGCAGAGUUGAUAUCCUCUGAAUUUGAAAGUCUCAUAUUUAUCAUUUUCCCUCCCCACCAUGCUCUUUAUUAAUAGUCGUGACCACUUAGAAGAUGCUACAAAAACUUUUUAAGUUAAAAUCUUUUUUCUGAAACCAAGUUAAUGCAUCCAAGUGCAAAUAUGAUGUAGACUUUCAUGUGAGAGAAAAGUGAAUGAGGGGAUAAAAUCUUGGCCUUAUAGGAGUCAGUGACAAAAUUUGUUACUUUAAGUAUAAUUAGAACUAGAAGAAAUUAGGACUAGUGGACACUCUCCCUGUUUUAUAUGGAAGCUGAUCAGGCACCAGGACAAUUAAGAGUGGUCUAAAACUCUUUAAAAUAGACAGAUAGUAUAUGUCAACCUUUAAUAUCAUUGCUAUAGGAUAUUGUUGGUUCUGUAUAUAUAUUAGCUCUACUUGCAUAUUCAGAGUUGUAUAGUCAGAGGAAGAAACACUGUCACUGUGGUGUAAACCUUCUGGUGCUUUAUAUUUGUUUACAAUACUCUAAACUGCAGUUCGUAAAGGCGCUCUUCUCAUUUAGCGGAUUUGCAUCAUAUUGUAGGCAAUUGGAGUGCAACUGAAAACGCAGUUGGUAGUUGUUACGUGUAUACAGGCCCUUUGAACAAUCUUCUGAAGAAUAACUGUGUUUGGGAACUAAUAUGUUGAUGAGUAUGGUUCCAGAAAAAUCUAUUGAUAAGUCUUCAUUAUAUUAAUUAUACUAUGGGGGAUUGCUUUGUGAAUUUGGAUAGUUAGAUUUGACUAAUCUCAGCAAGUUUAACAAAUGAGUGAAAAGGAAACGCUUCAAGAAAUGUCCAGCAGACGAUUCAUCUCACUUUCUCCAUUGAUCGUAAAGGGAUACUUGAUAACUCACUUUUCCUGGGUAGCUAACCUUCACGUGCUAACACGGUGGGUGCAUUCCACCUCCUGUUUUUGUAAGGCACAACGCAGCCCUGUGCAGAGAUUGCGGUAUACCAGCUACAGUGUGCUUGUAUACAUGUGGCAUUUGAUCUGGGCUAAUUAUCCCCGUCACUUAGUGAAAUAAUUUGUGCACUUCUGAAAAAGUUUUUAGUUUUUAUAAGAAUUACUGCUAAUAUAAUUCAAACAGCUUGAACACAGUUUGAAAUGACAGUCAAGAGUGUGAACUCAUGCUUCAUGCAGCUGUACUUUUUACAGUAAUUACUGGUUUUUACUGGGCAUGUUAAUUAGAUUAGGAGAGAAAAUUACUGACUUGAAAUCAUUAAUUAAAAGUUUUUGGAACAGGCAUGCUAUUGUAGAAUAUGUAAGUGAAAGGAGCAGUCAUGGAAGAAAGUAUCAAGAUGUAAAAUGAUAUUGUGUGUGAACUGUGCAGUGUUUUGAAAAGAAAUAUAGUAAGAUUAAUGAUUAGUGAGUCCUUGCACAAAGUUAUUUAUGCUCAUACAACAUAUAGCUCUGGAAUUAUUUUAUUUCCAUGAAUUCAAGGAAAUAAAGUAGGAAUGAAUGGAAAGGACCAAUAAAGUCAUGUGCCCCUCAGAUGAUGCAGGGUUACAGAUUUUGUUUUGUUGUGUCAGAGAGUAUUGUUCUUGACUGACUGGUUACUUUAAUAUACUUUUCAAUUUUACUAAAUUGCAUUUGUGACAUUAGCACUGCCAAGUGAGCAGAAUUAAAAGGUGUAAGUUAUAAUUAUUUCUACAGACAUUCAUAAUUAUAAGCUUUAGAAUCUCUCUUGAAUUAGUACAACACUAGUUGGCUUAUUUUGUUUAUGGAAAAGUGUAGCAGAAGUUUCAAGACCCAGCCAAAUUUCUCUGUAGUAGAUCUUCAUGUAAAGAAGUCUAUUGAAAUAGUUAAAAGCAGUUUCCCAGCGGAUUCUAGCACAACACUGUUGUCACCAGAUUGUGAGAAGGAAGAAUCUUUAGAAUUAAAUUCAGAAGUUGGAAGUGCUGUGCUUUGGGCAGCAUUCUUUAGUUCUUGCAGACCUUAUUUUGAAAUCUUGGGGUCACAAGCAGGUUUGGAGGGUAUUAUGGACAGCAUGUUGCCUCGAACCACAGAGUUGAGGUGUGCUAAGUCAAAAAUUACUUAGAAGUACAACUUACUAAACUUCAGCUAGGAUUUCUUCCACGUUAAAAUAUUCUGUAGCCCCAGGUAUUUUUAGAAUAAGGAAAGUUAAGAAGUACAGAAUUUUGGAGGUGCGACUCCUCGUUUGGAAGGCCCUGUAGAGCAAUCGCCUAGUCUCUAUUCAAUCAAAUGUUGUAAGAUGAAAAGCUGCAAAGGCAAAACGAGUGUCACGUACUGUUUGUGUGUGUUGUCACUGUUGUUUAAGCCCUAGUGAUGUGAGAAGCAACCAGGAGGAUUUUGAAAGGCCACAACCUGGGCUGUUGGUGUGUGUGGCAGACUUCUUGACUUCUUUUGUAUUUAAAGAGGACAACUUUUGUUGAAAUGAAAACCUGCUGAUUCUCUGUCCUUCUGACAUGUGCUUAAGAGAGUUACUUCCAGCUAGACUUAGAGGGUAAUUUCAUUUGCAAUACAACAAUUUUAUGGGGUGCUGUUCAUGUAUAAACAGGAGAUAGUGUGGGUGCGCCACAAAGAAAAUUCUUGAAAAUUUUAGACGAGUGGGUUAGUGCACUUUCCUAGCCUAUAGGAAGAGAAGACUGCUGUUCUUGAAGUAUCUCUUCACUUGCUGCCUCGUGUCAUGUGCUGGCCUUUGCAAUUGGAUGUUCUUAGGAAAGAAGAAGAGAGUUUUCUUUGUCUCUCUACUUUAGUUAGUGCAUAUCAGUUACGUCUGGUAAGGCUGGGAUUUGAAAAAAAAAAGGUUUAGUUACUUUUUUACCUUGAUUUUUCUGCCAGGAAUGGAAAAUUGCAUUAAUAGCAGGUGACCUUAUACAUUUUAAUGCUUCUGAAAAUGUAUACUUGGUCUACAGAAACAAGUCUGCAGCAUGCCUGUUUGUUCCAUAAUGGAUCUGAAUGUGUUGUUUUGCUAAGCUAAACUGUUUUGAUUCAUAUGACUUUGAUGAUAAUAACAUAAGCUGGGCAUGUUUUUCUAAUUUACAUCUCUUAAUAAUUUGACCUUUGUGUGAGAGUAUUUAGCUCUGUUUAUUAAAGAAAACAACUUAACAUA